AUGUUAUUAAUUGAUGGAGUUCCAUUCUCUACCCAUUCAUCCCCAACAUCUCAGGGACUGGAUAUUCUACUUUCUUUGUUGGAAAGUCCCAUUCUGGUAUCUUCCUCAACCUCUUUCAAGGAAACCCUAGAGAGGAAGUUCUCACUUUCUGAGGGGUCUACUCCAGACAGUUCAAAAUUGGUUUAUUUGUUCCAAAAGGAAUAUGCUACUGUUGAUCCAGCAUUUGUUCAUUUUGUUGGCACUGAUGAAGCGACGACGUGUGUAGGAGUUGUUAUUCGGAAUCCAAAGAAUGGAAUGACGUCGGUUUCCCAUAUGGAUUCACCAAAUAUUGUAGAAAUGGGCAUUUCUCAAAUGUUAACAUUACUUGUUGGCGACAGUUUGGAGACUGAGUUUGAUGUGCAUCUAAUUGGAGGUUUUGAAGAAGUUUCACCACAACAUGCUAAUGGCAUCAUUGUGUCAGAAAGUGAUGCAGAUUUAGAUGGUCAUUCCCUUCCUCUGUGCUCAAAGAUUGUUCACACUUUAUGGUCAAGAGAGGAGAAAUUUCAUAUCAGAACUACUUGUGUUCUUGGACAUAAUACCAAAAGGGAUUCCGAUGGAAACACAUAUCCUAUUUUUAAUGGAUUUGUGGUGGAUACUGCAACAGGAAGAGUUAUCCCAUCAUGUUUUGAUAGAAGUUCGAGAAGCCCGGAUGAAAUUGUCAGAAGAAUACGAGUUUCUGUUUCUUAUGAAGAUACUAGUUGGAAUGGGAAGUUGCUUGAGACAUAUGAUACUGUCACUGACUGCUUCAAAAUUGCUCCUUGUUGCUGGACUCGGCGUCAAUAUCAUACAGCUUUGUCACUUCAGCAUUAUUCUGAUUCAGAAAUUCUUUCAAUCUGUUCUACCUCACCUACUGCUGAGGCCCCAGAUUUUGUUGAUAAUUUAAAAAGGCAGUGGAAGUACAUGAUUGAGCAUCCACACUGGACAGAAACCUUUCCAAAGAAGCAACCUCGCAUUUUUACAAGGAGUGCUGAUGGAAAGUGGAAAAGGUGUUGA